AUGACCAAAGAAUUGCAGCUUCUAAAGCAGACACUCAAAUCCCAUCCUAAUGAUGAUCGAAUAAACAGCAUUCAGAGUCCAUCAGAUAGGACGACAUCGCCCCAAGGCAUCAUCGGACAAAAUCCACAGCUGUACCAGGAAGUUGAAGGACACGAUUCUGAAGCUCCCUUUGGCCUGUCCGAGCAAGACGCAUCUUCUCGAUCUCUCCCCAGUGCAGAGUUGGGCAAUUGCUUUUUUGACAAGGCAGAGGUGUUAGAGUUAUUCCGACUCUUUCACAAGUCGUUUCAUCCUCAUGUCCCCAUCAUAGACACGACUCUGCCAAUUCAGACAAUUAAAGAAACGAGUCCUUUCCUCUUUUGGACUAUCAUCUUUCUCGCCAGCAGGUAUACCAAAGACCACGUUCACAAGGCCAACCUGCUUGUUGAAGCAUAUUCCGACCUCGUGAACCAGACAAUAGUGAAGAUACCGCUCUCCUUCUACACAGUCCAGGCUUUAUUGUGCCUUUGUACGUGGCCAUUGCCCGUCAUGCGCCAGCAGCAGGAUCCCAGCUCCAUGUACUCCGUGAUAGCAGUGCACGCGGCCUCACAGCUGAGUUUGCCGCUUGCUGCCGAUGCUUCUUCGCGCGCAUUGGCCAGUCUUCCAACAUCCGUUCGCCAUGGAAUGGUAAAAACUUGGCUUGAAUGUUUCAUUAGAAGCACGACGCUCGCACUCAUGAAUGGGUUACCUCCUCCAUUGAGAUCUCCAAAUGACCUCCGGACCGUCACGGGCAUGAUCAAGUUAGACAGCCUGCCCACUAAAUUAAUGGUCGAGGCUGAAAUCCUGAGGUGCUUAACGAAGCACUACGAUUCUCUCGUCGGAGAGAUGGACAGUUUCGUACGAGACACUAUCGUUCAACUAUGUGUUGAAGAGCUUGAUAGCAUCACUUCUCGACUACAGUGUUCUUUCGAUGCGUAUCUGAGCUUUAGUUUCUGGAUGGCAAAACUCCACAUAUACGCUCUGGCAUUGGUGAAAGAGACCCAACAGUUGAAGGACAAACGGUAUUUUGAGCCUGACACCCUCUGCUCAAAACUACAACAAUUAGCCAUGACAACGGCAUACCGCAUCAUUGAUAUAUACUGCAACGAGCUUGGAACUCAGACAUGCGAGACUUUCGACAUGAGCCUGGUGAACCAACACAUUGCUCUCCCCAAAAGCUACUUCUUUGGAGUCAUGGUCGCGACAUUUUUGUUGAUCAAAUAUUCCGUUCUCAACAAAUCCCUCUCGGAUGAGAGGAAAACAGAGUCUCGUCGCAAAAUCCAGAUGGUACACACCAAACUCCAGGAGUACUCUUCUCACCAAUACACGGAACCAGGUCGAGCCGCUUCCGUUAUUGAAGUGCUGUGCCGAGGCACUCCGGAAACGAUUGAGCUCGGAGCAGAGAUCGAGGUCGAUGGCGGCGCUUCAAUUGCAUUGAAUGCUCUCAUAGCUGCGGCAAACCUUCGAGGGAGACGCAACUUGAAAUCGCACCUGCUACAAAGCCUAAAUCCUGUCUCACCACCAUCGACGUCAAACAAGUCGCCUCUGACAACCAAUGAAGCCGACCACGGAGCCCAAGCCAAUGCGCUAAUUGAGAUGCUCGAAGAGACUCCCUCUAUUCCGUCUGACGUGUGGAAUCAGUCAUUCAUGGAAAUGCUGGAUUUCAACAAUCCUAAUCUCUAUUUUGGGGUUGAGGACGAUACCUUCGUUGCACCUGAUUGA